AUGAUAUUCGCAUUGUUGUCUCAAUUGGGAUUCGCAUACGCGCAUAGACAAAAUCCGGAACUGAUUACUAAUGAUACAUGGCCUGGUGUUAUAGGAUCGAUAAAAACAAAUUCAGUAGUCCAAUAUGAUACUAAUUUUAAAAAAGUAAAAGCAUGGGGGUUACCUGCAUUGGCACCACGCCCUGGAAAACGUCAAGCAUACUUCGAUUAUAGGCCUGUGGAACGUUUCAAACUGUUUUUAGGAAACCUUCCAGAUUCAGAAAAGCCUAAAUUACCCGAAAAUUUAGACUACAAAAAAUUAAUAAAAGAUACCAUCAAUACUCGAUGGCCGAAUGUUGAUUUCUUUGAAAAUGUUUUAAUUGUUUUCACCAUUCCUGCCGAAUACCCUGAACAAUCCAAAAUGAUAUUGAGGGAGUGCAUUUAUAAUGCUAAAUUGAUUAACCAUCCGACCUCGGAAAAAUUACAAUUCUCUACUGAACCCGAAGCAGCAGCUAUAUAUUGCUUGAGUGUAUUGAAUGAAUAUUUCCUUAUAGAAGAUGGAACUUCUUUUCUAGUCGUCGAUUGUGGUGGUGGUACAGUAGAUCUUACAACAAGAAAGUUAUUACCAGACAAACGAUUAGGCGAAAUUACUGAACGUACCGGUGAUUUUUGUGGCAGUACAUUUAUUGAUAAUGAAUUUAUCAAAUUUAUGAAAUUUAAAGUCGGUGAAUCUGCAAUGGACUUAUUGGAGAAGCAGCGAUAUAGUCAAUUACAAUACAUGGUUCAAGAAUUUUGUCGACGUGUCAAAAUUCCAUUUACUGGUGAUGAGAAAGAUUUCAAAGUUAUCGAAUUUGAUAUAGAAGAUGUAUGUCCAGCGUUGAAGCAAUACAUAACUGGUAGAGAAAAAGAAAUUUUAGAAAAUGAUGAUUGGAUAAUUGAAUUAACGUUUGAAAAUGUUAAGGCGAUGUUUGAUCCUGUCAUCAAAAAGAUUAUUCAAUUAAUCUCAGGACAACUUAGAGCUGGAGGUGCAUGUACUGCAAUGUUCCUGGUUGGUGGAUUUAGUGAAUCAAAAUAUCUUCAAUCAAUGAUCAAAAAUACAUUCAGUUUCAUUAAAAACAUCUCAGUACCUAAACAACCUCAAGCUGCUAUAGUACGUGGUGCUUUACAAUAUGGGCUCAGAAUGGAUGUAAUAAAAACUCGGGUUCUAAAAUAUACUUAUGGCAUAGAAAUAGAAAGUUUAUUCAAUGAAGCAAUAGACCCUGAGUAUUUAAGGGUCGAUGGUCAUUAUAUCUAUAAAUUUUAUCGAUUAGCAGAAAGAGGUCGACAAGUUGGUGUUGAUGAAUCAUUUAGUAAUAUAUUUCGGCCAUUAGAACAUACCACAAAAUUACGAUUUUCCUUAUAUAUUUCAACCAAUUUAAACGAAACUUAUUGUGGAGGGUUGGAAAAGUUGGGUGAACUUACAAUCGAUAUGCCAGAUACACAUUUAGGAAAAGAAAGACCGGUAGAAUUUAGAUUAAUGUUUGGACGGAUGGAGAUUACUGCCACCGCUAGAAACCAAGUAACUGGUCAAGAACAUAAUGCUAGUUUUAAAUUAGAGUUGUAA